AAAAAAAAGAAAGCGAGGAAGACCAUAGCAUCGUCGUCCGCACCAAACCAAGCAAAUUCCAUCUCAUCGUCGCUCCGGUCUCCACCCUCCACCAACUACCGCCGCUGCCGCCGGCGGUCGUGCGCUCCGGGCCGCAGCCAUGCACGGCCGCCGCCACCUCGCCGCCUCCCUGGCCCGUGCUCUGACCUACGCCCCCUCCCGCUCCAUCUCCUCCACCCCGUCGCUCCUCCAAACCCUCGAACCGUCCACGCCCUCGCCGGCGGCCGCCCCGCCCUCGGCCGGUCGGCUCGCGGAGCUGCGGCAGCGGCUGCAGGCUGACGCGCCGUCGCUGGGGGACUUCACGUACUCGGUGGAGGUGGGGACGCGGAAGAAGCCGCUGCCCAAGCCCAAGUGGAUGAAGGAGACGAUACCCGGCGGCGCAAAGUACGCCGGGAUCAAGGCCAAGCUGCGGGAGCUGAAGCUGCACACCGUCUGCGAGGAGGCGCGCUGCCCCAACCUCGGCGAGUGCUGGUCCGGCGGCGAGACCGGCACCGCGACCGCCACCAUCAUGAUCCUCGGGGAUACUUGCACGCGCGGCUGCAGGUUUUGUAAUGUCAAGACCUCACGAACUCCUCCACCACCAGAUCCUGAUGAACCUUCUAAUGUUGCUCAAGCUAUUGCCUCAUGGGGCCUGGAGUAUAUUGUCAUCACAAGUGUUGACCGUGAUGAUUUACCUGACCAGGGUAGUGGUCACUUUGCUGAAACAGUUCAAAAGUUAAAGGUGUUGAAGCCAGAAAUGCUUAUUGAAGCACUUGUCCCUGAUUUCCGUGGAGACCCAGCAUGUGUAGAGAAGGUUGCUACUUCUGGGUUGCAUGUUUUUGCACACAAUAUUGAAACAGUUGAAGAGCUGCAAAGAAAUGUGAGAGAUCAUCGUGCAAACUUUAAGCAAUCAAUAGAUGUCCUGAAAAUGGCAAAAGAGUAUGCCCCAGCUGGUACCCUCACAAAGACAUCGAUCAUGCUUGGAUGUGGAGAAACACCAGAUCAGGUUAUAAGCACAAUGGAAAAGGUUAGAGCUGCUGGUGUUGAUGUAAUGACAUUUGGUCAGUACAUGAGACCAUCCAAACGUCAUAUGCCUGUUUCUGAGUAUGUUACUCCUGAAGCCUUUGAGAGUUAUCGAGCACUUGGUGUUGACAUGUUUGGUGGACACAACUUGGUAUUUGUGAACGAAGGGGGAGAUGGCUUCCGUUAUGUGGCUUCGGGCCCAAUGGUUCGAUCCUCCUACAAAGCUGGCGAGUUCUACAUAAAGGCCAUGAUUGAAGCUGACAGAGCAAAAACUGCCACUGCGGAAUCAAGUUCGUAGUUGACCCUCAUUCCUUCACAUUGUUACACUGCAAAUAAAUUCCACAGUGAUUUCUAAGUUGUUAUUGGAAAACAUGUUCAAUUUUUCACAUGAUUGCAAUUUUAUCCCUUUUAACUUCUCACCGUUCCUUGUACCAUUUGUACCUCUCAAUACUACAUGUUGCAAGUUGAUGUUCUCUUGCUUUAUAAUGUAGUACAAAUCAGGAGUCCUUGUGGUCACUAACCCCCAAUCAUUCAUUCAUUGCUGUAAGAUUCAACAGUAGUAGGGAGGUCAAGUCAAACUACCUACAUAAGUCAGAAAAUAUAUAAAGCAAUUAUCACCCAUAUACAGUAGAUGUACAUGCAUGUGAU